GUCACCCUCCUCAGAGAAAUACUGAUGAGGAGCGUUCCGCGCAUAUAUCUGUGUCUAAACACAGAUCUGCACUUGACUCGCUGAAUUUAGCCGCUGCUGUUUCCAGCGGUGACAAGAGACUUUCGCGCAAGGAUGAACCGAAGACGCGCGGCGGUUCCAUCUAUACAAACACAUCGGGAUUGAGAUCUUACCUUCAUUAACACGCAACUGAGAGUUAAUCAGUCUUCAAACAAAACCAGCAUGGAGGACCAAAAGUACCUUGACUGAAGCUGUUCAAUAAAUUUGCAUGACGCACCAACAGCUGCUCUCCAGCCAAAACAAUAUCUGCUCAGCGCAUGCCAAAGUGCUUUUAGCUUUGCCCUUAUUAUCCGGCUUUUCAACCUCUACAUCAGUGACAUCAAUUAGUGCUGUGCAGACCUUCAGUGCUGAGGUGUGCAUCAAUGACUUAACUGAUGAAAGAAAUCAUAGCUUGACCGUCAGCACCAUGUGCACAUCUUCCAACAACCACAGGUGUUUGCUGAAAAACUGGAAGCUGUUGUUUAAAGAAUCAGAUAAAAAAAUUAACAGAUAAAUCUGUGGAGAGAGUAACAGUUAUAGAGAGUGAUUGGAGCUGUUAACACCUGUGCACAUCUGCAUCAGCAAUGCAUUCGUGCCUAUCUAAGACAGAUCAUCUGUACUGACAGUGUGCCAAAGCCUGAAAUUAAAGGAACUCGCUUCUAAACUACAGUCUCCUCUUGUACCUUAAUGGAUCGCAUAAAUUACACAGAUGUGCUGUUCUGUCGUUGUGAUUGUAUGAUCUAAAUCACCAGCUGCACAUGGUUAUGAACACGGGAAAACAAUCUCUUGGAAUUUAUGACUUUUCAUGAAAGAAUAAUCUGACUCUCUCGGCAGUGCAAUAUGUUUUGUUCCCCUUGUUUAUUUAUUCACCCGCAGCAAUUUUCCAUGAACAGAUCAUUAAAAGCCCAUCUAGGGCCUUGAGAGACACAACAGGUUAAAUAUCAUUACGUUCCUUAACAGCAGAUAGACACCCCAAUGGAAAUGUCCCAAUGUCCUUGCACCACAGCCAAUACAAGAGCAGCAUUUUGCAUCUGGAAAAAAUCCAAAAAGGUACAAACUGAACUGAGGUCUCUAGAUGCCAUGUGGCCAACCAUGAAAACUUCUUUAAAUGCCCAGGUGUCUUGAACAAAUGGUUCCCCUCAAAGACAACAUGACCCCUGAGUCUUUUGUCGAAAACUGUACCAACUGCAGCCAUGCUCUCGUUCCAGAGUUAAACGUCAUGAAGGCUGCCGUUUUGGGCAUGGUGUUGGCGGUCUUCAUUAUUUUUGGAGUUCUAGGCAACAUCCUGGUCAUCCUGUCCGUGGCUUGCCACCGUAACCUACGCACAGUUACCCACUACUUCAUCGUCAACUUGGCAGUAGCGGAUCUUCUCCUAAGUUCAACGGUUCUUCCAUUCUCUGCCGUCUUUGAGAUACUGGGUCGUUGGGUCUUUGGACGACCCUUUUGUGAUGUUUGGGCGGCGAUGGAUGUUUUGUGCUGCACAGCAUCCAUCAUGAGUUUGUGUGUAAUAUCGGUUGACCGGUACAUUGGUGUAAGCUAUCCACUGCAGUACCCUUCAAUUGUAACAGAGCGACGGGCAUUGCUAGCGCUUGUUGUGUUAUGGGUUCUGUCCAUCACCAUUUCCAUUGGGCCUCUCUUCGGCUGGAAGGAACCUGCGCCCGAGGAUGAGACCAUUUGCAAGAUAACUGAGGAACCAGGCUAUGCCAUCUUCUCUGCACUGGGAUCCUUCUACCUCCCCCUGGCAGUGAUCCUGUCCAUGUACUGUCGUGUGUAUGUGGUCGCUAAAAGGGAGACGCGUGGACUAAUUAGCGGACAGAAGACGGAAAAGUCUGACCAAGCCUCUGAGGGUGUAACCUUGCGGAUACACCGUGGUCACACGACAGUAUCCGAGGAUGAGGCAUUGCGAAACCGGACACACUUCACACUGCGUCUGCUCAAGUUCUCCCGUGAAAAAAAGGCUGCUAAGACUUUGGGAAUCGUGGUUGGGUGCUUCAUCCUUUGUUGGCUUCCAUUUUUCCUGGUUCUUCCUAUUGGUUCCAUCUUCCCGACAUACAGGCCUUCGGAUACCGUCUUCAAGAUAACGUUUUGGCUCGGCUACUUCAACAGCUGCAUCAACCCCAUCAUCUACCCCUGCUCCAGUCAGGAGUUUAAGAAAGCUUUCCUGAGCGUGUUGGGCGCUCACUGCCUCCGCAAGAGAUCCACGCCCACCCACCCGCUUUACCAGGGUCACAGUCCACGGCAUGCCCAGUCGCAACUCCUCGCCCUCGGCCUGACGAGCCACGAAAAUGCUUCCCAUCUGAGUCCCUCAUCUUCCAUCGCACUAUCCCGCAGCCCUUCCUCCAGGGACGGGCAUGAGUGGCAGGCCCCUUCUCGAGCUUCCUCUGCGGGAACGACAGGGGUCGGUGCCGGUGUGAGUGUGGGAGCGAAAGUGGCGAGAAUGUGCGGUAAGAACCUGCUGAGGACCUGUUGCUGUGUGAGAACGGAAUCGCCACAACCCGAGCCGCCCACACACAACUCGCUUCCUGUCAUCAAAAUCCAUCAGCUCUCGCUGUGCAAGGACGGGGAUGCGGUGUGAAUGAGCUCGGUGGGGAAAUCACUUUGAAGAGGCUCAUGCUGUGUGUGAUGCUGUUUUGCGACUUGAAGGAGUCGCAGAUUUGAAGACACAAACGGAUGAACAAAGACAAGCCACUUCAGACUGGAACAUCGGAAAUGGCUGCAAUACUGUCAGCUGUGUUGAUGCUUAUUAAAGGAGUUGUGAAAAUGGUUAUGAAAAUUUAUAUUCUGUCAAUAUUUACUCACCCUCAUGUCUUUCCAAACCCACGUAUACAAUGACAAUUUAUAGACCAUGGGUAGUCAAGCUCCAUAAAAAACAACAACAACAACAUCAACAAGUACAACAGUAUAUUUCUUCUUAAGCCAUACAAAAAAUUGUAAGAGGAACACAUUGAAAUUUAGUUCAUUAAUUAUUAUUUUCAUUAGUUCAUAUACAUUUUGUUCUGUUCACAAUGCAAUGCUAUUGUAUAGCUUCAGAAGACUUAGAAUUUAGCGCAAGAGUCAAAAUGACAACUUAUAUGGUGAUAAAGCUUGACAGCUGUGUUCACUAUGAACUACAUGGGAGUGAGUAAAUAAUGACAACUAUUUCCUUAAAAGGUUGCGUUUUAAAAUUACAAGUAGACAACAUUGUGCAUGAAUAAGGGUGAUUUUCAUUAAACUUGUCAAGAAAAUGUCAACUUUUACUCCUAGAUAAUUUUUUUGCAUCUAGAUAAUUAUGCCUUCUAUUAGGGCCAUUAAUAUUUAUACAUUGUGACAUUAUUUUCAUGACAGUUGCACACAUUUUACCCCCAAAUUCUCAUGACCGCAAUGUGAAAAAAAGAUGGUCAUUAUGAUAUUUUCAUUACUGUAAUGUGAAAAAUAUUAUGUAUUUUUUAAAUUGUAAAGUAUUUAGGCACUCUCUUGGUACUGCCUUUCAUCUUGGCUGAUUUUAAUUAAAAAAUGAUUAAACAACAACAGUGUUAGCGUUAUGGUUAUGAGAAUUGUCAUUAUUGAAACCGUCCGGGCACGUUACGGUAUUGAGAAUUGGGGGUAAAAUGUGCUUAAGUGCCCUGAAAAUAAUGUCACAAUGCAAAUGUUUUUUUUUUUAUAAAAUCUUAAUCGUCUUUAGAAUUUUCUUUUAUGCUAAAUAUAACUUUUUUAUAUAUUAAAUUUUGGGGUUAAAUUUGACCAGGACAUUUUCUGGACAUGUUUCAUGAGAAUCACCCUUAAAUACCAGCAAUUAUUUUUAUUGACAGGAAUUUAAUUGAAGCCUUCCCAUUUUAGGAAAAAAAAAAAAAACGAUGACUGAGAAGUGUUUGUAAAAAUGAGAAAUUAUAUUUUUGACUGUUCUUUAUUGCACUAAAGUAAAUUGUCAUGGGUUGUUUGUGUUCAGUAUGAUUGAAAAAGACUUUCUGUUACAGAAAACCUAUUUCUCCUUCAUAUUUGUAAACAUAACACAGAAGAAACCUUCUUAAACAGGGAAUUCAUCCUCCGUUAGACUCAUAUAUUCAGAGCACCUCUGCCACACCAAAAAUAUUUCCACAUGAACUCUAGAUACGGCGUGAAUAUCAAUGCAAAAUCAUGGAUUUCACUGUGGGAUCAACUUUCUCAACUCUCAAAACAAAUGUCCUUAUAAUAUGAAUGCUGGACCUUAAACAUAGCAAACUGUAUGAUGAUAACCUCAAAGUGACCAACUUCCUUUUAUUAUUUUCCUUAAAUGCCUUAUAGCAAGUGGCACUUCUGUUGUUGUGGUUAUUGUUUCUCAAAUGAAAGAAAAUCAGCUCAACACUAUGUGGUUCCUGUAUGGAUAAUAUACAAUAAAUCCUACUUUA